AAGUUACCUCUGAACUCAAAAGCUUCGGAGGAUUUGACAUCCAAGACGUGUCUCCUGCAAAUGCGGCGAGAUGAAAGCUAACGUUUGCUAUUUUGUUUAGAAUUCCAACACUCGCGACCUUUCCUAUUCCUUAGUUAACUCCAGAGUUUGUUUUCCAGUCAGUGAAUGUGUACGUUAGUCUGCUUGGAAAGCCGUUCACUGUGACAGGGACUACAACUGCAGUGAAAAUGGAUUGAUCCAUGCUGCUGAAGAAGCCAGGAAUGGAUUGAGCUGCGGAAGCUAGCGUUAGCCGGCUAGCCAUGGAGGUAGAAAGAGGAGCUUGUGACUUUGGUAUUGUUAGCAUUUAAACAGUAAAAUGAGUUGAUAUUAGUUAUUAACCGUCCAAAACUAUCCAGUGCACGCAUGGCAUUAUUAAAGUGCGCCAGUGCUAUGUUGCGCACACGCCCUGAAUAUGUCAGCUGUUCUGCAGAUCCCCUGUUUGCUGUCAUCACAUAGAUCUCAUUCUACUCUGGAGCCAGAUUUUUCACUUUGCAGCUAAACUGGUCCCUAAUAUACUAAACUAAAAUGAGAUAAUUUUAAAGCUUUACAAGUAGGUUUUUAUCUGGAAGCCAGACAAAUCCAGUUACAGAUUAUUCUUUUUAGUGUUGCAUGUUAUUGACUGCCACUUAAAAGAUUUAGAUUAAACUUUUACGUAAGUUGCAGACACCCUGCGGCCCAGUGUUGUCAGUCAGACUUGUAGGUGAUUCCUCCUCAGUUGUAUGGGAAACGGUGCUGGCUGUAGCAGGACUUUUGUAGGUCAACGAUGGGAGGUUCGGUGUCUUGCUGCAUCUCCCCUGGAGGGAGUCCCAAGAUCCACAGGAGGGCGGUGGAGCUGGAGGAGUGUCCCAUCACCACCACGGAGGACGUGAGUGAAGACACUGGGACCUACCUGCAGCACAUCAGCGACAGGGAGCUGCCUGAUGAACUGGCCCAAGAGGCCAACCCGUCAGACCACCCCCGAGCCAGCACCCUCUUCCUCAACAAGUCGCAGACCGACGUUUCAGUUCGUGAGAAAAGAAAAAGCAACUACAUGAAUCAUCAUAUGUCCCCAGGGCUCCUGACAAAAAAGUUCAGCUCCUGCUCAACAAUAUUCAUUGAUGAUAGCACAGUAAGCCAGCCCAACCUCAAGAGCACGAUCAAAUGCGUCGCAUUUGCCAUAUACUAUCACAUAAAAAACAGAGAUUCAAACCGCUCGCUGGAUAUAUUCGAUGAGAAGAAGCACCCUCUAACGCGAGAUAAGGUUCCAGAUGAUUAUUCUGUGGUAGAUCCUGAACACAAACUUAUCUACCGCUUCAUUCGAACGCUCUUCAGCUCUGCACAGCUCACCGCUGAGUGUGCCAUCGUCACUCUGGUCUACCUGGAAAGGCUGUUGACAUACGCUGAGAUGGACAUCUGUCCUUGUAACUGGAAGCGAAUUGUUCUCGGUGCCAUCCUGCUGGCCUCCAAGGUCUGGGAUGACCAGGCUGUGUGGAACGUCGACUACUGCCAGAUCCUCAAAGAUAUCACAGUGGAGGACAUGAAUGAGAUGGAGCGCCACUUCCUGGAGCUGCUCCAGUUCAACAUCAACGUCCCAGCCAGCGUCUACGCCAAGUAUUACUUUGACCUGCGCUCACUGGCUGACGACAACAACCUCGGCUUCCCUCUGGAGCAGCUGAGCAACAAACGGGCCCAGAAACUGGAGGCAAUCUCCAGGCUGUGCGAGGACCAGUACAAGGACCUGAGUAAAGCUGCUGUGAGGAGGAGUGUCAGCGUGGACAACCUGGUGGGCUUCAAGAACUCGCAGGCUGUGCUGUCUUAGGUCUGCGCCAGCCGCCUCAGCUCUGCCGAUCUUUUGGGGAGUCAUUUCUCUGGCCUCGGCCCUCUUCUCUCCACCAGCCGUUUUCACAUGAUGACUGUCUCGAACUACCCUGUGGUGUAGUUCUGCACAUGGACAAAGAGUAGACUUUGUUUUGCUUACUGUGUAGGCCCCUAUAGCUGUGAAAUGUACAAGACUUUAUUUAAUUCAAAUAAAUUUCAGUCGCUGUUGAAAGUCGAGGCUGCUUAGGUGAGAAAA